CCGGCCGCGGCUCGUCCACACUUCGCUUCGCCCCGCGCAGUGUGGUCGAGCAGAGGUCAGCAGGCGGAGACGGCACGCGACGCCAUGCUUCCCACCGCGCGUGCACCUCGCCCCGCGACACUCGCCUUCCUCGCCGCCGUCUCGGCGAUUUUGGUUCAGUACUCACAUGGAUCACAUUUAAAUGGAGGUCGAUGGAAGAGGCAAUCUCCCUGUCGGUCCGAACGAGCCGCGAAGGACGCAACCAGUUCCCAUGUAAUUCUGGAAAAUGCAUUGAAGUAUUUCUUUUGUGUGAUGGAAAAAUCCAUUGUGACGAUGGAAGUGACGAAACUGCCACCAUUUGCCAACGGAAAACACCUAAAUGGUUUGUGCAACGGCGUUGAAGAAUGUGUAGAUGGAUCCGACGAAACGUCUUGUACUGCCAGUACAAGACCAUCAGAGCCGGAGAAUUCUUCUGCAUUGGGGCCACCGAUGCAAAGUGGUUCUGAAGUACGUUGCCCUGCAUUGACAAUCCCAUCAAGAGACAUAACCUGUAAACUGAAUGAUAGAAGGGUAGACUGCUCCGAACCAGCACUCCCUGGUACCACAGCAAUGGUGGAGUGUAGAGGUUUUUAUUUCAAUAAAGAAGAAUCUUCUUUUGAUACCAUUUGCCAGUUUAAUGGACAGUGGUCUCGACAUGUUACACCUUGCCAACCAAAAUGUGGUGAACCUACUCCAGAAGGAUUACCAUUUAUAGCUGGUGGAACAAAAGCUAAAAACGGCGAAUUUCCUUGGCAUGCUGGUAUCUAUAGAUUCAAUCAUGAUAGAGAAAACUACGAACAAAUAUGUGGUGGUAACGUCAUUUCUGAACGUCUCAUUGUUUCGGCUGGUCACUGUUUUUGGAAUAUGGCUACUUCAUCGAUCGUUGAUUUAAAAGAUUAUAAAGUAGCAGUCGGCAAAUAUUAUCGAGAAUGGAACAAUAAUCGAGACAUGGUAUAUGUGCAGACACCAGAAGUAGUUGGAUGGGGUAUGACAGAAAAAAUGCUACCAGGAGAAGUCCUUUACAAAACAAAUCUGCCAUAUAUUAGUUUCGAGGACUGUGAAAAGGAGGUCCCAAAACCCUUCUUGAUGUUUCUUACUAAUGACAAAAUUUGUGCAGGUUAUCGAAAUGGCACAAGUGUUUGUCCAGGAGAUGGCGGCGGAGGCUAUGCCACCCAAUUCAGUGAUGGAAGAUGGUACUUGAUGGGAAUUGUAAGCGUCGGGGUACCUGCCAGAAAUUCAGAAGCGUGUAAUGUUGAGCAAUACGCAACGUUCACGAAAGUGUCCAAUUAUUAUAGUUUUAUACAACAAAACCAAUCUCAAUAAUGUUACAAAACUGCAAAAAACAAAAUACUCCAUUCACUUUGGAACUCGUAUGUUUGGUACUAGAAUUGGGCACCAAAAGUCGUCAUGUAUUUUAUUACGUUUUAUUCAAUUAAAAAGCAAUGAAAACGUUUGCGACUUUGUCGUCUUUUGUUUUAAAUCGCUCACCCAUCUGCGCAAGUUGUUCGUUAUGAAAGAUUAUUAUAAACAUUUUGUCCAUUAAAUGGUUAUUGUGUUAUUACAAUAUCUUGCACAACUAAACUUACUUCAGUCAUAUGUUAUUAUUUUCUGACAUUAUGGUUGUUUUGUCGCAAGAAAUGACUAUAGUUAAACUUUUUCUUAUCCACCUCACACAUUAAAGUCUAUGACAUUAAAUAAACGAAACAAGAAUGGGAUUAAAGCAGUAAAAUGUUUUUUUAGAGAGAAUGAAAAACCAGUAAGAAAAGAAAUUAAAAUAGAAAAGUUUGACAUUCGAAUGGACUGAAAAUGAAAACAUGCGUACAAAGCAAAGAUCAAUAAGACGUUGCCCGGGCCUCAUUCAUUAAUCCUAAUGAUUUAACAAAUAAGAAAAAAAGUAAUGAAUUUUAUCUACAGUGUAAAUUGAAAAUAAAAUUUAUUGAAGAAUU